AUGUUGCCAAUUCGUUCACCCUCGCGCAAUACUUCCCAAACUCAAAACAGUAGUAAUAUACAACAGAUUUUAAAUGAUGACACAAAUCCUAACACCACACAACAAAUACAAACUCCUCAAACACAGAACCCUCCUUUAGUCAGUUAUUUUCCACAAUCAAAUUACGAUCUGUGUGCGACUUCUGUCAAACUUCCUCAGUUUUGGACAAAUUGUCCUGAUGCGUGGUUUAUUCAUGCAGAGAUGCAGUUUACAACCAAGGGCAUAUCUUUAGAUAGGACAAAAUAUGAACAUAUUAUUACAGCACUUCCACAAGAAGUAAUAUUAACUGUUCUAGAUAUCAUACAGAAUCCACCACCUAAUAAUCUUUAUAAUAAUCUGAAAAAGGUAUUAGUAGAACGACAUUCACUGAGUGAAACUUCCCGGUUAGAGAAAAUAUUGUCCGACAGUGAAAUGGGUAACAGAAAACCAUCCGAAUUUUAUCGCUCAUUGUCUCUUUUAGCUGGAAAUAGUUUUAGUCCAGAUAUCUUAAAGAAAUUAUGGUUGAGGAAAUUACCAAAGAGUCUUAAUGUAGCUUUAACAGGAUCAAAUCAUAACGACAUUUCCGAAAUGAUACAAUUAGCAGAUAAGAUAUGGGAAGUUAUGUUUAAUGGCGAAGUGGCAAAUAUAAAAGAACAUAACCCAACAAACAUUGAACAUGUAGUAGAAAAUUUAACAAAAACUUUGUGUGAAAAUGUGACGAAACUAUGCAUUGAAGUCAACUCUCUUAAAAAGGAGUUAAAUGACAGGCAAGCACGUUCUUCUUUUCGAAGUAGGUGUAGGAGAAAUUCACGUUCAAGAGUUCGUUCUACUAGCAGAGAUUGGCUUUGUAGAUUUCAUUACCGUUUUGGAGAUAAAGCUAUUCGUUGCGAACAACCCUGUUCCAAUAAUAAAAAUUCGUCAAACUAA